AUGUGGCACCUUUGGAAAGCUAGAAACGCUCUGGUGUUUGAAAAAACCAAGUAUGAUCCAGCUUCUAUAGCUUCUCGUGCUAAGGAAGAUGCAGAGGUCUGGUUCUCUGUCAAUCAUUCGACUCAUAUCUCCACUAUGGACACAAGAGAGUUGACACAUUCUGCCUCUUGGAAACGUCCGGAACAGGGGACCGUGAAAUGCAACAUAGGAGCAUCUUGGUCAGAAGGUUCAUCAUCUAGUGGAGCUGCAUGGAUCCUUAGAGACAGUAAUGGCUCAGUGAUGCUACAUAGUCGUAGACAAUAUUCUGGCAUUGGGUCUAAUAGAGAAGCGGAAUUCUGGGUUAUACUAUGGGCAGUAGAGGGUAUGAGAAGCACUAACCAACAGAACAUUACUUUUGAGGCGGAUUUCGAACAAGCGAGAGAGGUACUCCUCAAUCCUGAUAGAUUUCCGUCACUAGGAUGCCUCUCCUCUACAAUUCUAGCCCUGUUGAGUGACUUGGAAUCGUGGCGUUUUGCACACGUAAACACUUCAAGGAACUUCCCUGCAACUAGGAUCGCUGCUAGUGUGACGAGAGAUAAUCGAACACAGUCCUACGUUGCUAGAGGAGGUCCUUUCUGGCUCUCCCAAACGCUCAACGAAGAGAAGCGAAUUGGUUAA